GCGAGAGGCGGCGCGGGGAGCCGGCACGUGAGGGGGGGCGUGCCCCGCGCGCGCGCGCGCCGCGUCGUUUCCGGCCGGACCGCUGGCCGCGCCAUGGCCGCUGCCUGCCCGCCCGCAGAGACACAGAGGCUGCUGACCCCUGUGAAUAGCUAUGGGUCUCAAGACGGGGGGGCCGGGCCAGGCUUGGGCUCCGCCUCCCUUCUGCCUGAGGAGGAAGACUUGCGCAGGCGCCUCAAGUACUUCUUCAUGAGCCCGUGUGACAAGUUCCGCGCCAAGGGCCGCAAACCCUUCAAGCUGGUGCUGCAGAUCAUCAAGAUCAUCAUUGUCACCAUCCAGCUCAUCCUCUUUGGGCUCAGCAAUCAGAUGGUGGUGACAUUCAAGGAGGAGAACACCAUUGCUUUCAAACACCUGUUCCUGAAGGACUAUGUGGACGGGUCGGAGGACACAUAUGCUGUCUAUACGCAGAGGGACCUCUACGAUCACAUGUUCUAUGCCGUGGAGAAGUACUUGGCCAUUCCUAACGAAACAAUCGGGCGCUAUGCCUACGUGCGUGGGGAGUGCAGCGGGAACCAGUCAGCCCUCAUGCUAUGCCAGCAGUACUAUCGCAAAGGGCAGAUCGACCCUGCCAAUGACACUUUCAACAUCGACCCCAAGAUCAUCACAAACUGCCUGGGCGUGGACCCCAUGGAGAGGAUGCCCUGGCCCCUGCAGCCUGUGGAGACACUCUCCCUGCAGCCCCACUCCAGCUACCGGAACUUCACGCUCAAGUUUCACAAGCUCAUUAACGUCACCAUCCAGUUUAAACUGAAGGCCAUCAACAUCCAGACGAUCAUUAACAAUGAGAUCCCAGACUGCUACACCUUCACCAUCACUAUCACGUUUGACAACAAGGCUCACAGUGGCCGGGUGAAGAUCAGCCUGGACAACAAAGCUGACAUCAAAGAGUGCAAGGACCCCAGCGUGUAUGGCCGAGGAGACAACACCUUCCGCGUGUUCUUCGACGUGGCUGUGAUCCUUGUUUGUGUGCUGUCCUUCAUCCUGUGUGCCCGCUCCAUCAUCCGGGGCUUGAUGCUGCAGCAUGAGUUGGGCCAUUUCUUUCAGAGACGCUACAACCAGGACGUCUGCCUGUCAGACCGCAUGGAGUUUGUGAAUGGCUGGUACAUCCUGCUGGUGGUGAGUGAUGUCCUGACAGUGUCUGGGACCAUCAUGAAGAUCGGAAUUGAGUCAAAGAACUUUGCCAGCUAUGACAUCUGCAGCAUCCUUCUGGGCACCUCCACACUCCUGGUCUGGGUCGGGGUCAUCCGCUACCUCAGCUUCUUCCAGAAAUACAAUAUUCUCAUAGUGACCAUGAGGGUCGCCCUCCCCAACGUGAUCCGUUUCUGCUGCUGUGUGGCUGUCAUUUACCUGGGCUACUGCUUCUGCGGGUGGAUCGUACUGGGCCCGUACCAUGUCAAGUUCCGCUCCCUCUCCAUGGUGUCCGAAUGCCUCUUCUCCCUCAUCAAUGGGGAUGAUAUGUUCGUGACCUUCGCUGAGAUGCAACAGAACAGCUACCUAGUGUGGCUCUUCAGCCAGCUCUACCUCUACACCUUCAUCAGUCUCUUCAUCUACAUGGUGCUCAGCCUCUUCAUUGCACUCAUCACCGGCUCCUAUGAGACCAUCAAGCACCAGUGUGAGGAUGAUGUGCCCAUCACACAGCUCCACAUGUAUAUUGCUGAGUGCAAAGACAGCCCAAGGUCUGGCAAGUUCCGCUGUGAGAGCAGCUCCUCCUGCUCGGUCUUCUGCUGCUGCGAGCGGGCUCCACUGCAGGACAACACGCUGGUGGUGAAUUGACAAUGCAGCUGCGGGAGAGCCUGAUCUGUGUACCUGUGCGGGAGAGCACGCUCUGCUGUACUGCUGGGGAGCUGAGCCUGUACAUGAAACUGCAUGGAGGGCAUUGGUCAUGGGGACAAUCUCAGCCCUGCGACCACACCCAAUGGCAGCUGCCUCCCUGGCUGGACUCCAAGGACCGGUAGCAGGAGUGGGGCUAUGUGGCCCCCAAGCAGAGACAUGGGUGAGCUCUAUCCACCAAGAUGAACCCUGGAUCUGCUGAGUCAGCCCUUAACCUAUAAUACCAGCUGGCUUUGCUCAGUAUGUGCUGGCCACAUGGGCUGGAACCUUGGGCCAUAGUUUUUAUGUAGCACCUUUUUUAUUUAUCUUCUGGCUUCUACCAGGCUGUGUGAUCCUGGGGGGGGGGGGUGAAGCGGGGAGGAAAAGGGCUGAGGGACCCCCUUUGUCACUGCCACGGCAGUGCUACCCCUCAGCGGCACCCUCCCCUUUUUCCUCCCAGCCAGGGGCCCAGUAUAAACUCAGCAGUCUCUGUAGCAGAAUGAGUUCCUCUGAUGGAGCUCUUCCUCCCUUAGGCAGGGAAAGCCCAGCUUUGCAGGGGGCUAGGAGAGUUCGGGAAAGAUGCUGCUCUCCAGACCUUGUUUCUGCUCUUAACACCCCCCUAUCCCAGUUGGGAACUGGUGCCAUCCCCAGAGCCUGUGUCCUGGGUACUCUGUCAUUCUGCAUCUUGCUUUUUCCAGUCUCGGCUGUCUUCUCUGACUGCUGCAGAGGUGCCUCACUGAGGGCAUCACUGAGUUGCGCUGUGCUAGGUGCUGUCUGCAGCCUGGACUCUUGAUAGGUUGGCUUUAGUUUUGAAGGUGUUUUUUAAAAUGUUUUCAAGCUGCCUCCCCCUCCUGCAACAUGCAGUGCCGGGGAGGGGAAGGAACACCUGGGCUCUUCCUGCUGCCUCAAGAUGUAGGAAAAAAAAAAAAAUAAAAUAAAGGCCCCAGUGGCUUUUUUAAAACAUUUGUUACCUUUAGAAAUAGUUUGCUCUCCCCUGUUCCUACUGGAGGUUUCCUUGGAGGAGCAGAGAGUUUGGCGGGGUAUGGCUUCUGCCUGCCACUGAGGGAGGGCAUGCUGGGGCCUUGCACAGACCUCUUCCACCUUGAGCGUCUGGCAAAGCCUUGGGUUCUGCACCAAUCCCUUCCUAUUCAAAGGGCUGUGGCUCUUGCUCUCUGAUGUCACAAUUCUGCUAGACCCCAAGCCCUUCAGAAUCCUCCAGCGUAGAGGAGAGGGGAGCCCUGGUCUCUGGUGGAAAAAGCUGUGGGAAAGGACAGGUUCUUUCCGUGCCAGCAGCGGCAUAGCCCCAGGGCCCUUUUCCAGUCCCUUGCAGUUUUAAUACUUUUAAAAUCAUGUGUUUUUAGGAAUCGCUGCAGUGAAGACGCCAAUCUGUCCUGUGUGUUGUUUGCAGCCGGACACUAGUGUGUGCACUGAGAGUGGCUGCUGGCUAAGCCUCUGUGGACCGAGAUCAGUCAGAUCCUUCCCCCUAGGCCUAACUCUAACUCCAGGGAAUAACUCUGCAUCCUCCAGAUCCAGGGCCUGCUGUUUGUUCUAAAUCCCUCUCACAUUGCCAGGGUCUCUAGCAUCUCCAUGAGCAAGCGGUGGCAGCAGAACCUGCCUCCCCUGCACACAGGCUCUCCACUCUGUUUGGCUUGUGCUGUUAUUGGUGAGCACCCAGGUCAGGCAGUGUAACUGCCCCUCCCCAGAGGGCUGGUAAACAAAGGAAAGUGGACCAGGAGAUCUCCCCUUCCCCACCCAUUCUCUGGAGUGGACUCCUAACAGCUGCAGGUACAAAAACAAGUAGAUGGAAAGGCGUGAUCUGAAGGGGUGUUGUGUGGUGCUCACAUAGUUACAUGCUACAGUGAAAAGUGGGCUGUGACUGGGGAGGCAGAGCCUUUCCCUGCAGCUGGAGACUUUUCCUGUAAUGGAGGAAGGGCAUCAGCAGCAGGACACUACCCUGCUAAAAAUAGCAGUGUAGACAGGGAGGCACAGCUUGGGCAAGUAAAGCUGUGUGGGGUAUGUACUCAGUACAAGUGUCUUUACUCACCUAAGCCAUGCCUCAUGGUCUACACUAUUUAUAGCCACGUGAAGGGGGCUACAUGCUGCUGAGAGAUGGGGGCAAUGUAGACAUGCCUUUAAUGGUUUUAAGCAGCCUCUGUUCCUUUAAGGCCAUGUAGCUAAAAGCUCAGUGGGGGAAGACUGUGUCUCUGGUACCCAGCGGAAGCCCCCAUAAUCUAUAACUGGGCACAGGGACCAGAUCUCCUUAGGCUCCCCAUCUCCCUUGCAGCAUUGUUCAGCUUGAGCUCCAGGCCCUGGCUGCCUGUUAUCGGUGCCAGAAAGUCAGGUCUGCCACCUGCCUUGUGCACUUGGCACUCAUUGACCCACUGUGUGGAGAAUGAGCUAUGGGCUGCCCUCCACUCCCAACACCAAAUGGAGCUUGUGUCCUAUGCAGACUGGGAAGGCCCCCAGGGCUGGGCGUGCUGGAGCCCAGCUGGAGUCCCUGCGAAACGGGGUGUGGACAAAUUGGCAGCAGCUGGGGACAGACUUGGCAGCAUCCUGCCUCCAUCUCCUGUGAAAUCACAAGCCUGUCCACUCUGAAUUCAUUUACAGCUUGGAACUUUGCAAGAAAGGGCCUCCAGCAGGGUCAGGGCUGCGGGCUGGCAGCAGCACUAGGAGCAUUUAAAUCUUCCUCUGGCAGAGCCCCCAACUCAGGAAGCUGGCACCUCUUUGGGCUUUGGAGUGUGUUCACUUUGCGGUGUUGGGGUCAGUGUAACCAGCUUUGGAGCUGGUCUGCAUCCCCUCUCCCUGGUCAGGGCUGUUAGUGCUGGUGAUGUCAGUAGUACCUGCUCAUCUGUUGAGGGAGAUCCAGGUUCAAACAGGUCCUUGGGCUGCUGAAUGCCACUGAUAUGAAUCCCCAUGAAGAUGAGUGUGGCUGGGAGCCAGCCCUGGUGAUGCUAGUUCAGACUGCGGCUCUCAACGAAUUGCACUUCAAUCAGAUUGUUACCCAAACCCUGGUCAACUCCCACUGCAGCAGGCAGCUGGGUUCCUAGAGGCCUCCCUGCCUGAUGGCUUCUCCCAGCAGUGCCAUUGGUGCAGCAUCUCAAGUGAGUUCCUCCCCCUUGCUUAGGGUGUGGCGCUCUUUCUAUUGACUGGCAGGAGGCUGAGUGGCUUGUACAUGUUUUGUUUGGCUUGGAGCAUUGCCACCUGUGCUCAACUCCUGUGUCCCAGGACCGCAGCGGCUCUGUCCACGCUCUGUGACAACCCCGCACUCUGGACCAUGGGCACUAGAUCCAGGCUGCAUGGUAAGAGGGUUCUCAAGUCUGGGGCUCCUUUCCCAUGUGCAUGCUCUGACCAUUGCUGCUCUGUUGGGAGCAGAGUUAAGCUGACAGGAGCACUUUUGAACAGCUUCGCUGGCCCUUCCACUGUAGUGUCCGUUCCUCCCUGCUGAAGGGCCUGGUGCACAGCUGGCCUAGGCCCUAGUGACACUGCUCCCAUGAUCUCUCUCCUCUGUGGCUGGCAGAGGCCUGUGCUGCUGGAGCUGGCUGAAAGGCCUGUUUAUGUUGCUCUGCAUGUGUUGGACAGGACGGGUCAAGGGCAUGUUUCAUAACACAAGCAGCUGUUCCCCUCUGGAAGCUGGCACGGCGACAGCUCAGCAUUAUUAGUGUCCUUUCUCCCUCUUGGAAAUCUCCACUUAAUACUGGCCUCCUGCAGCCUGUGCUGUCCCUCGGCUGUCUGCAUGGGCCACUGCUGUCAAGGGAGGAAGGGGGCCCUGUCUCUUCUAACAAGCCCCUUGCAUUCAGCCCUCUCAGUAGCUCCCCGUUGCUGUCUGUCCCCCUCAGUGUAAUGGGCUCAUGUGCCAAACCCCUUCACCCCACUCUCUGGCUAGCAGGUGGCCCUGCUAAUAGUGCCAGCAGCUGAGCCUGGGUCUGUGUUCCAGACUGUACAGGAUGCAUCUGUAAUAGCCCUGCCCUGGUGCCAGGACUGCUGUGCUGGGGACAAACUGUUGCUACAGGUAUCUCCCCUACACUCCCCAAGCACGGGCUGUCACUCUGUCUGCAUUGCUGCUGGGGUGAUGAGCUUAUUACAAGCCUCUUUGCACUGAUGAGUUGGUGCUGGGGGAAGAUGAGGCAUCUUUCAGUGAUCCAGCUACAGAAAGUGAUCCUGGCUGCUGCCUGCCUCUGUUUGCUCAUGCAGCCCUUUCCUCUAGGGGUUGGCAGUGCUGCUGAAUUGUGACUUUAGCAUAAGCCUUGCAAUAUUGGGUGUGACUUCUCUCCCCCUCCCCCCCCAAACUCCCUGCAUCAUGUGCUGUCAGGGGACUCUCAGCUUUUGUUUUAAAGAAAGUUUCUAGCCUUCCUGGUUGUGAAGAAAAAGCCUAAAGGCUCAGAGACCAGCAUGUUUGUGGAAAAACCCUAAGUCAGAACCCUCUUGAUGUGGGGGGAUAGACUGAUGAUUUUUGAAGGUGGGUGUAUGUGGUGAGGGAGGAGGCCACGCUGGGCUGGGAAUGGACCUUUUCAUUAGUACAUCACUACAAACUUAUAAGAAGCUGUAUCAUGCACCUAUGUCUUGGAGUGUCACCUACCACUGACCUUUCACCUGCUUUCCUGGUGAUGCGGGACCAGAAUGCUGUCUGUCACGGGCAUGCACAGUCUCUGAGCAGGCACGCUGGGGGGCUGUAGAGCUGCCAGCACACUACGCCCUCGAGCCAGAUAGGGCUAUUUGGCUGCUAUUGUAAUGCUGCUACUAUUACUACACCAACUGCGCCCAGUGGCUGAAGCCUUCAGGUGUGCAAGGUUGUACCUGCCCAUGGACCUCUCUCACUUUUGUUUGUCUGGAUUGGGCUGUGAAAGCUAAAGCAGCCCUUGCACUUCUGUUCAUGGCAGUGGGCAGCACUAAGGCUGUGGGAUUGGUGUAAAUAGUGUGGUGGGAUUGUCACUGGCAAUUGAUAGAUAAAGGCAAUCUUGGAGAAGGGGCUGUGUUCUCUGGUGGGUGUGUGCAGCUGCCCUGCUUCUUAAGGGCAAACUGCACCAACUUUGGCUUGUCUGCUUUUUAACCUAAAGCACUUUUCCCUUUUCUUCCUCUUCCCCUCCUCUUACAUAAUGUAAAAACAUGGAUGCAGCUAGGUAAGUUCUAUGGUGCCCUGAAGCGCUGAGCAGAGGCCAAUGGCAGUAACAAAGUAUCUGCUGUCCAGGAGAUGUUUACAGGCAGCUGCAUCACUGUCUAACUACAGUAAACUGCCCUGUGCAACCCAGCACAUGAUCACCUAUGACCUGCACCCAGUGCAGGCUGUGUCUGAGGCAGGAAAAAAGCCUCUGUCACCAAAGCAACUUUUGUUUGUCCCCCUCAAACAAUAAGACCUAUUUUAAAAAUAUCAACUUCGGGAUCCCACAAAGCUUGUCUGAUAAGGUCCCCUGUCCCUGAACAUGUCAGCUUAGGUGUGUGGAAGCGUGGGGGUUUGUUGAGGGUGCUGGCUCUGGGGGCAGGUCAUGACCCCUUUAUGGAGGAAGCCAUAGGGCCAAAGCAGCUCGGGACAAGACACCUCCUUGGCAACAAAGUAACAUCUACAGCCUGAGGGCCUCUUACUUUCAAGGUAGUAACUAAAGAAGAGUUGCAGGUCAGUGGAUAAUCAGCUGAACGUGAGCUCCCUCUGUGCUACUCUGGCCAAAAGGACUACUGUAAUCCUGAGAUGCAUAAAUAGGGGCCUUUUAAGUAGGAGUAGACAGGAUAUUUUAUGUCUGGAUUUGGCAGUGGGGUGACUGCUGCUGGAAUUGUGUGUCCAGUUGUGUCUACAGUUUAAGAAGGAUGCUGAUAAAUUGGAGAAGGGAGGAGGAGAAGAACCAUGAGAAUGAUUAAAGGAUUAGAGAACAUGCUACUGAUAGACUCAAGGAGCUCAAUCUUAACAGAUGAAUAAGGGGUGAUUUGAUUCCAGUCUAAAGUACCUACAUGAGGAACAACUAUUUAAUAAGGAACUCUUAAGUCUAGCAAACAAAGGUAUACCAUGCUAAAAUGGUUGGAAAUAGAAGUUAAAAAAAAACCCAAAAAACAGGCAGCAUAUAAAGUAACUUUUUUUACAGUGACAGUAAUUAAUCAUUGGAACAACUUACCAAGGGUUGUGGUGGAGUCUCCAUCACUGGCAGUUGUUAACUCAAGGUUGCAUGUUUUUCUUAAAGAAUUGCUGUAGGAAUUUUUUUGACAUGUUCUUGGCUACUGCUCAGGAUCUGCUACUGCCUGGUCCAGGGGUUGCAAAUUAGGAGGGAUGGGGUUUUGGGUUGAAAACACUCAUGAUUUUCUUCUUCCUUGCUUGGGGAUACAGAGCACAGACAUGAGCCCAAGGUGAUACCAGAGUGGCCCAUUUGAUUUUUUUCAUUGGCUUCUUCCUUGCUUAUUUGCAAUGACUUGGCUGUCCAUGCACCUGUCACCGGUCCAGGGAUGGUAGCGAAUUAGGAGGGAUGUGGCUUUGGGUUGAAAACACUAUUUGCUGCUGCUUUGCUAAUGUGCAGUUGAUUUAUUUGAUGAUUGAGGGCAAGUAUGUGAAAAGGGAGAUGAGACUUGGGGGUACAGAGCACAGACAUGAGCCUAAGGUGAUACCCGAGUGGUGAAUUAGGAGGGAUGGGGCUUUCUGAAAAAUAAAUAUAGCGCUAUGAAAUGCUGCUGAUGUUAUGACCACCACUCAAAAUGCAAAUUUUUAUUUAUUACUUAAUGUCAAUAUUUUAAUCCAGUCACUGGUUUGAACAUUUUUUUUUCUUUUUUGAGAGUCAUAUUUUCUCAAAUUUUUACUUUACUGUAGCUGUAUAUAAAAAUACCUAUUUCAUUUAACUGGUCUAUCAAUAGCAACCAUUCGCCCCAUUCUAAUUUUUUGGUACUUAAAGAUAUUUUUGAUGCAUAGUCACCAUUACAGAACCAAACCUGUGAGAUGUCCCACUUUAGGGGUAUUAAGAUAACAGUCUGCUACGUGACAUAAUUCCACUCUUCCUGUUACCUUCACAUACACCUAAUGAGUCCAUAGUACAUGGGAGGAAGUUAUUACCUGACUCCUUCAUUAGAAUAACUGCUGUUUGUCUUCUAAACGCAGUAUUAGCCUCUUGUGUUGUUUCUACCAUACUGAUGUCUUUCUGCUGCAAAUACAUAUCUGCAAACUAACAACACUUCUAUUUAGGAAAAAAAUCAUAAUUACCAGAGGUGAAAGUGGGCUGGUCCAGCAUACCGGUAAGAACUGGCCACCGGUACCAGCCCGUACGCUGCUGAUGUUAUAGUGCUGCUGUGGCAGUGCUUUAUGCUUUAAUGUCACUGCCCUCUUUACCUCCCCCUGCAUCAGCAGCCCUGCCAUAGGGUCUGGCAGUACUUUUGGACGCUAUCAGCAGGGCUGCUGACGGUGGGGGACAAAAGGGGCUGCCCUGGAUUCCGGUGAUUUACAAGGGCCUGGUGCUCCUAGCCACCGCAGCAGCAGCUUUCAGGAAGGGCUGGUGGGGGGGAAUCUGGCCCCCACAUCUUCUGCCAGAGACCCCACCCCUUCUGGGGGCCACGAGCCCACCCCACACACCUUGGCAAGGACGCCAGUGCAGUGCACACCAGUAAUCUCUGGCAUUUACUUUCAACCCAGAUAAUUACACAUAAAUAACAAAUGAUAAUGGCAAUUUGGUAUUCAAUACCUUUAAUAUGAGUGGUCCGCAAGUUGCGGCCAUCACUUUGUCUGGUAUGCUGAACAAUUUUACUCUUCCAAUCAGAUGAGGAUUUGCUAGUUAAUCGUUUUGAUGAAGUAUCUGAAAUUUUUAGAGUACAUUAGCGGAUUGCAUAAAUGAGCCACACACACACCCACCCACCCCCGGUUUCUGGACAUAGAUACAAAUCCACUCUAAUUAUUGCAGUGACUUACUGCUUGUGUGUGUGUGUGUGUGUGUGUGUGUGUGUACACACAAGCUUUCAUAUUAUUGUCUCACUCUUACACAAUGUAUCACCUGAUUUGCUUUGCUGGCUAGAUUGUCGGGCUCAACGGGUAGUGAUCAAUGGCUCCAUGUCUAGUUGGCAGCCGGUAUCAAGUGGAGUGCCCCAAGGGUCGGUCCUGGGGCCGGUUUUGUUCAAUAUCUUCAUUAAUGAUCUGGAGGAUGGUGUGGAUUGCACUCUCAGCAAAUUUGCGGAUGAUACUAAACUGGGAAGAGAGGUAAAUACACUGGAGAGUAGGGAUAGGAUACAGAGGGACCUAGACAAAUGAGAGGAUCGGGCCAAAAGAAAUCUGAUGAGGUUCAACAAGGACAAGUGCAGAGUCCUGCACUUAGGACGGAAGAAUCCCAUGCACCGCUACAGACUAGGGACCAAAUGGCUAGGCAGCAGUUCUUCAGAAAAGGACCUAGGCGUUACAGAGGACGAGAAGCUGGAUAUGAGUCAACAGUGUGCCCUUGUUGCCAAGAAGGCCAAUGGCAUUGGGAUGUAUAAGUAGGGGCAUUGCCAGCAGAUCGAGGGACAUGAUCGUUCCCCUCUAUUUGACAUUGGUGAAGCCUCAUCUGGAGUACUGUGUCCAGUUUUGGGCUCCUCACUACAAGAAGGAUGUGAAAAAAUUGGAAAGCAUCCAGCGGAGGGCAACAAAAAUGAUUAGGGAACUGGAACACAUGACUUAUGAGGAGAGGCUGAGGGAACUGGGAUUGUUUAGUCUGCGGAAGAGAAGAGUGAGGGGGGGAUUUGCUAGCUGCUUUCAACUACCUGAAAGGGGGUUCCAAAGAGGAUGGAUCUAGACUGUUCUCAGUGGUAGCAGAUGACCGAACAAGGAGUUUGGUCUCAAGUUGUAGUGGGGAAGGUUUAGGUUGGAUAUCAGGAAAAACUUUUUCACUCAGAGGGUGGUGAAGCACUGGAAUGCAUUACCUAGGGAGAUGGUGGAAACUCCAUCCUUAGAGGUUUUAAGGCCCCGUUUGACAAAGCCCUGGCUAGGAUGAUUUAGUUGGGUAUUGGUCCUGCUUUGAGCAGGGGGUUGGACUAGAUGACCUCCCGAGGUCCCUUCCAACCCUGAUAUUCUAUGAACACCAUCCCCAACAUCAAAGGUUAUUUCCCCAUCUUUAGAAGUCUUUCUUUUAACAUAAUGUCUUUGUUGUUGUUCUUGUGAUUUAGAAAUGUUACUUAGAGCCAGUGCACUGUCAGCAUCAUGUCUCAAUUUCAUAUUUAUGCUGUACUCUGGAGAAAUCUUCCCCAAAUGUAUUCAUAUCUGGAUUCUUUGUAAACAAAUGGAGAAGGGGUUGUAUUUGCAAAAUGAAGACUCACUGAAUGCCAUGUGUAUGUGAAAGAUGCUGCUGGUAAUAAGCUUACUGUGUAAUUCUCUGAGACUUCUUCUGGGUCAUCACAAAACAUUAGUCGAAAGGGUGACAUUUUUGUUGUUGCAUGUACAUUAGUUCGCAAAGAAAACAAAAUGGGCUUAAGUAAUUCAUCCUAAUUACUCCCAUUGUCAUCAACCAUCUUCCGCAAUGCUCUGUAACAAAUGCUCAUUGAUUUGUUUUGUUUAAAAAAAAAAAAAAAAGAGUACGGUCUUCACUGAAACAGAUUUUCAUUAAGUAUUAUACCUUUUGGAUUAUGUAUAAAGACUUUCAACAUAACACAUUGCUUUUGAAGACUUUUUUUAGUAAGUUGCAUCUUCUGACAUCGCACGCUCUACUUGCCAUUAGUACUGUAAUAUUCCUACCAAUUCACUUAUCUUUUGAUGGAUUUAUUAGCAUUUUCAGCCAAGCCAUUGGUUUGUGGGUGGUAUGGGCUGGUGAAGCUAUGUUUUACUCCCAAUCUUUCACAAAUAUAUAGAUUAAACUGAAAGAAAAUAAGUUACACCAUAAACUUGCAUAUAGACUUGUGUUAAGGAAUGUUCCUUCAUGUAUUUGCCACUACGUUUAUGUGUAAUUAGCAGCAGGAAUAGCCCCUCUUUUAGUAUUUGUAUUCAAAACAAGUAGUUGUGGAUUUCUUUGAUGGAUAUGAAGACACCGAAAAAUAAUUUGACCAACAGCAGUUUAU